GCCAAUGAGCUGCAGCGCCGAUGCGGCGGCAGCCAAUGGAACGCGGUGACGUCAGAAACAGGCAGUGAAAGCUCGGACGUCAUUGUCGAGCUGCUAAAAUGUCGCUGUGAGCAGGAAGAGGUGAAAAGAAGCGUAUCGGCCAGCGACUCAGCGGAGAAGUGUGUGCCCACGGCGUCGCUCGUUGUGAUUGGUUUCCCUCCUCGUCAGGUGAUGGUGCGGUCUGUGUGGGCGGUGCUCCGGAGAUUGUCCUCCCAGGGACGCGCCGCUGCUGCUUCGCCCAAACCGAACGUACCUGUCUCCGUUAGAGCUGCAGCCUUGAGGAGCGGACCCGGACUCGCAGCCACCAUCAGCCGCAGGACGAUAUCCAGUGAGGUGAGACACCUGCAGGCUGCAGUCAAGAUGCCUGAGAUCACCACGGAUCACCUGGAUGAGAAGCAGGUGCAGCUGCUGGCUGAGAAGUGCAUCCUCAUCGACGAGGACGACCGCAAGAUCGGAGCCGAUACCAAGAAGAACUGCCACCUCAACUCCAACAUUGAUAAAGGUUUAUUACACAGAGCUUUCAGUGUCUUCAUCUUCAACAGUGAAGAGAAACUGCUCUUACAACAGCGGUCUGACGCCAAAAUCACCUUUCCAGGCUGCUUCACAAACACAUGCUGCAGUCAUCCCUUACACACAGACAGCGAGGUGGAAGAGAAAGAUGCUAUUGGAGUGAGGAGAGCUGCUCAGAGGAGACUCAAAGCUGAACUGGGUAUUCCCAUGGAUCAGGUGACACCAGAAGAAAUGACCUAUCUAACAAGAAUCCACUACAAGGCCCAGUCAGACGGUGUUUGGGGAGAACAUGAGAUCGACUACAUCCUCUUCAUGCAGAAGGAUGUGGAUUUGAGUCCAGACCCCAACGAGAUCCAAACCCACUGCUACGUGAGCAAGGAGGAGCUGAAGGAGAUGCUGAACAAGGCCAAGCGCAAGGAGCUGUUGAUCACGCCCUGGUUCAGCCUCAUCGCUGAGACCUUCCUCUUCCAGUGGUGGGACAACCUGCACAGCCUCAAACAGUUCAUGGAUCACGACAACAUCCACCGCAUGUAACGCACACAGCCGGGGUCAGGCUCUACCGGAGGGAUUCCAGUCCGCAGCUGACGCACGAGCACAGACCUCUGACCUUCAGAUGUCAGAAAAUAACAUCACAGACUACUUUGUGUUAGGGUGGUAGCAGCACGUGUAGGGUUCUUGGACUAGAAGAGGAGGCAGAGGAUGUUUAGCCUUGUAAAACUAGUAGAGGACGUGGUUUAUAGUAGGUUUGUAGCUCUGAGGUGCGUUCAUCAGCACAUUAGAGGUGAUGUCAGUAGAGCAGGUCUCUUUUGUCUUUAGUAAAGAAGAAGGUCUGUCAGGUAAUGGAUUCUUAUCAGGAGUCACAGACUGAACAGACGACACCUAACAUCAGAUAUCAAGUGCCUGAGUACAGGUCGUUAGAAUGAGGUGAACAGUCACAACAUGUAACACUCUGUAUCUUUGUACUCCUUUUACACAAUAAAAUAAGAUUGUGGUCA